AUGGCUAAGACGAGGAGUAUGACUAGGAACGAAAAUGAUAAUGCAUCGAACAAGAAGAGAUAUGAGACUAGUUGGGCAGAUAUUAACCAUGAUGUGCUUUUUUUCGUUAUGAUGCAACUGAGAGUUGUUGAUUUUGUUGAAUUUAGUGGAGUUUGCAAGUCAUGGAGGUCACUCGCACUUUCUAACCGGAGCAAGUUUAUAGCAUCAAGACCACCUAUAUCCAUACGUAUCUUUAUUGACGAUGAUGAGAGUGACUACUGCUGCUACCUAAAGCUAGGACUUUAA